AUGUCCGCCCCGCGUUUCCGUUCCAGCCGGCCAUACAGCUCAACUCCGGAGGAAGAGGUUCGUCGAGCUAAAGCCGCCGUAGGGCCAUUCAAUUGGCGAGCAGCAACUCUAUUCGUUCUUACCGGCGCGGGAUUGUAUUGGUAUUUUGAGUCUGAAAAGGCUAAAGUGCAAGAACGUCGACGACAAGAAUUACUUUCCAAAUCAAUUGGAAAACCUUCCAUCGGAGGACCUUUCUCUCUCAUUACUCAUACUUCUGAACCAUUCACUGAUAAAGAUCUCCUAGGGAAAUGGACAUUAAUGUAUUUCGGAUUCACGAAUUGUCCUGAUAUAUGUCCUGAAGAGUUGGACAAAAUGUCAGAAGCUGUGGAUAUGAUUGGGAAAGCUGAGAAAGGUGGAGAAGUGACACCGGUAUUUAUCAGUGUGGAUCCUGCUAGGGAUACUGUGGAAGCUGUACGGACGUAUAUCUCUGACUUCCAUCCCAAGAUGAUAGGUCUUACAGGAGAUUAUGAUGCUGUCAAAGGGACUUGUAAAGCCUACCGAGUGUAUUUCUCAACUCCACCGGAUGCUAAACCAGGUGACGAUUAUUUAGUGGAUCAUUCUAUCUUCUUUUACCUAAUGGAUCCCCUCGGACAAUUCGUGGAUGCAUUCGGGAAAAACACAACAGCCAAGGAAGUAUCAGAAAAGACGUUGGACGCUAUGUCAAAAUGGGAGCAAGCGGGUGGGAAUAAAGCUGCAGGAGUGUGA